GUUGUGGACGUGUGUGGAUACUUUAUUUUACGGCAAAUCAUCUUCCAGCAGCAAUAAUCGGGCAGCUAAAAGAAUUAUUUGUCGAUUGUGUGCUUCGCGCGACUCACAACAGUUCAAAAAUAAGUGUUUCAGUGAUAAAACGGAACAAACCGAUAUUUUCCUCAAAUCAAAAACAUUUGGAAAAGUGAAUUGUGAGUGGGUAAUACUGAAUUGAGCUGAAAAAUUCGGUGGCGAUGUCCGAAACGGGGUCGCCAGGCAAGACGCAGAAAGGUGGACAGCAGCAGCGUCGCCAAUUGCGCGAACGCAAACAACGUAAACUUUAUCUUGAAGAAUGGACAUUGGGAGAUGAUGAUUUGGAAGGGGCACGGGGAUUUAGCGUGUCAGAAAAAUUAGAAUCUUCGAAGUUUGCACAGACUAGUAUGGUUCGUGAGAUGCGUGGAAGUGAUUUGACUGUGGGCUUCCUUCAACAAUAUGGCUUCAAUAUUCCGUUAUUGUUUCGUGAAAAAGCAGGCUUGGGCUUACGUAUGCCUGAUGCCAAUGAAUUUACCGUGAAUGAUGUGAGGCUGUGCGUUGGAUCACGUCGUAUACUGGACGUAAUGGAUGUAAAUACACAGAAAAAUCUACAAAUGACAAUGAAAGAGUGGCAACAGUAUUAUGAUAAUCCACAAAAAGAUCGACUACUUAAUGUGAUCUCGUUAGAGUUUUCCCAUACACGAUUAGACAAUUAUGUGCAAUGUCCGGAAAUUGUUCGGCAGAUCGAUUGGGUGGAUGUAGUGUGGCCAAAGCGUUUAAAAGACGCACAAAAGGAGGGCACAAAUGUACUGGGAGAAAUGAUGUAUCCAAAAGUACAAAAAUAUUGUCUUAUGUCAGUGAAGAAUUGCUACACAGAUUUUCACAUAGACUUUGGUGGCACUUCAGUCUGGUAUCAUAUUUUGAAGGGUAGUAAAGUAUUUUGGUUGAUACCACCAACAGAAAAAAAUUUACAACUAUACGAGAAGUGGGUGCUGUCCGGCAAGCAGGCAGAUGUUUUCUUUGGCGAUACAGUCGAAAAGUGUGCCCGGGUCUAUCUAACUGCGGGUAACACUUUCUUUAUACCAACUGGUUGGAUACAUGCAGUAUACACGCCCACAGACACACUAGUAUUUGGCGGUAACUUUUUGCAUUCCUUUGGUAUUGUUAAACAACUUAAGACGGCGCAGGUGGAAGAUGCUACUAAAGUACCGCAAAAAUUCCGAUACCCUUUCUUCACCGAAAUGUUGUGGUAUGUACUGGCACGUUAUGUUUAUACUCUUCUGGGUCACUCUCAUCUGGAAGGCGAACCUUCGGUAAGCGAGGAGGAAAUGGCAAAACGUAAUCAUGUACAUCUCACGCACUAUGAACUUUUUGGUCUUAAAGAGAUCGUCAUGUAUUUAUAUGAUUUGCCACCACAAAAAAAAAACGUACCAGAACUUGUACGCGAUCCUGUGGCAUUGAUCAAGGACGUGCGUACGCUGGUGGAACGCCAUUGCAAGGAUAAGCCGGAGUUAGCAAUAACCGGUGAGUCGGUGUUGAAACCGCCCGGUCAGAUGCACCCGACAUUUCAGGUGUACGACCGCACGAUAGUCAAGCAGGAAAUCAAGGCAGAGAUUGCACGAAAAAAUUCAGAAAUCAUACGUGAACAACAACAAUUAGAUGCAGCCAACGCAGCAAAUGCGGCAGAAUUAUCAUCAUCCAACAAUGCGGUGCCAAAUAAAGGUGAUAUCAAUCCUAAAUCCAAUGUCAUAUCCAUUACAAAUGCCACAGAUAAUGGAGGCGUUAUUGUAAAAGAGUGUAAAAAGGAACCUGUGGAGAAUGGGACACCGCAGCCAGGUAAGACAGCCACAUUCGUAUCACCCUCGGACAGCCUUAAGUACCGUCCGCCAAAGAAGAUGCACCUGGCUAAUGCUGUUGCUGCGGCAGCCAAUCAGGCUAACAACACCGUCAGUGUUAUCGCAUCUUGCUCAAGCUACAAUACUGUUACCCCUGGUAGUUCUACCGCCACAACAACAACUUCGACAGUAACAACGACUGUGGGCUCGAACCAAACUCAUUUGCAAUCACAUAUACCGCCACAUGCGCAUAACGCAAACACAGUUAAUACUGCAGAAUUCUCUUGCCUCUCACCGAACGAGUCGAAGCUGUCGCCCAAUGUGACCGGUACUGGACAGCCGCGUCGUCGACGAACGCGUUGUAAAGUGUGUGCUGCUUGUCAACGUUCCGAUUGUGGUGAGUGCAGCUUCUGUUUGGAUAUGGUGAAAUUCGGCGGUCCAGGGCGCGCUAAGCAGACUUGCAUGAUGCGUCAGUGUCUGUCACCGAUGUUACCGGUGACAGCGCAAUGUUUUGUUUGUCAUUUGGAUGGUUGGCGUCAAGUACCCGUGUCGCCUCAAACUAAACAGUUAGCAUCGCUAGAAGGACCGUCAUCGCUAAUGGAAUGUUCAGUGUGUUAUGAGAUUGCGCAUCCUGAUUGUGCGCUGUCGCUGUUGGAUGGCACCGAAGAUGCGGCAGAUGCUAAGGGUAUAAUGAAUGAGGACUUGCCAAAUAGUUGGGAAUGUCCGAGCUGUUGUCGAUCGGGAAAAAAUAAUGACUACAAGCCUCGUCACUUUCGAGCACGUCAAAAAUCUUCGGAGGUUCGGCGCACUUCAGUGGGAGGUUCAAAUAUCGUUGCAGUCGGGCAUGAUCACGACAGCAAUCAGUUGCCACCGCCCAUUGGACAAUAUAAUGAUUUUGUUUUCACAAGUGAAUCGGAAAUGGAGUCUUGUACAGCAAACGCUGUACAUUGGAAGCAUGGUGGCAAGCGGCAUCACCACCACAUUGAAGUGAAGACUGAGCGUAGCUAUGAUACCUCUUCGCCGGGUAUCUCGCCCAACGCAACUAGCGAUCGCAUAAAGAGGCGUAAGAGUGAUGACGGGUUGAGCUUGUGCAGCAGUAUGCAGGACAGUAUUGAUGCGGGUGCAUCCAUGGAUUGCCAUGUGGGCGCCGGCAACGGUGGUAUUAGCGGUGGCAAUGGCACACAAAUGUCGCGGAAAAAAAAUUCAAUACGUUCACAGUUGGCUCAACAAAUGCUCAAUUCAUCAACGAGAGUACUUAAGAAACCUCAAUAUGUGGUACGUCCCGCUGGUCACUUAUCGUCCAGUGGAAGCGGCUUAACUGGUAGUCACAUUAGUGUCGCAAAUUUGGCCCUCGAUCCAACAUUGCUUAAAAUCAUCUUUCGCUAUUUGCCUCAAGAGACCCUAGUCACCUGCUGUUCGGUUUGUAAAGUAUGGUCGAAUGUGUCCGUAGAUCCUGAUCUCUGGAAAACAAUGAAUUGUGCUGAGCACAAGUUGUCUGCUUCACUACUUACGGCGAUUGUGCGUCGUCAACCGGAGCACUUAAUAUUAGACUGGACUCAAAUUGCCAAAAGGCAGCUAGCCUGGGUAAUUGCACGCCUACCGGCACUAAAACAUCUCUCGCUGCAGAAUUGUCCAAUACAGGCGGUGCUGGCUCUACACACUUGCCUCUGCCCGCCAUUACAAAUACUAGAUAUGAGCUUUGUGCGUGGUCUUAACGAUGCCGCCAUUCGGGAUAUACUGUCGCCUCCCAAGGACUCACGACCCGGCUUAGCAGAUUCGAAGACACGACUUCGAGAUCUUAAAACUCUAAAAUUGGCUGGAACGGAUAUAACCGAUGUGGCGCUGCGCUACAUAACGCAAGCUUUGCCGAAUCUUGUGAAUCUGGAUCUCUCAUCAUGUCAGCGUGUAACAGAUGCCGGAGUGGCACAAAUUGGCACUUCACCAACGGCCAUCGCAAAAUUGGUGGAAUUGAAUUUGAGCUCUUGUCGACUGGUUUCUGAAUUUUCAUUGGAACACUUAGCUAAAUGCGAACAAUUGAUUUGGUUGGAUUUGCGGCACGUACCGUUAGUGCCAACGCAAGCAGUGAUAAAGUUUGCAGCCGAAUCAAAGCACGAUCUCUGUGUGAAAGAUGUAAAGCUGGUGGAAAAGCGGCGACCGCAGAAAACGACGCAACCAACAACGGCAUCGAGUUUAGGGGGAAUGGGUUCAGUAAGCAGUUGGAAUGACUGAAUGAUUGUAUGGGUGGAUUGCAAUUAGAUUUUAUGAAGUGCAGUGAGGGUACAAAAUGUUCAAUGUAAAUAUUUAAGUGAAUGACGAGCAUAUUAAUUAUCUUUAUAUAAGUAAGCAACUAAACUGUAAAAGAUUUUUAGCAAGUCCAAAAUGGUGUCUGAAAGAAUGUAAUUUGCAAAAAUCAAGCAUAAAAUAAUAAUAAUCUCAUACACGAA